UUAGAGCAUAAACUGAUUGAAAAAGUAAUUGCGCAUCGAUCGUCAUUGUCUUUCGAAACCCUUCCAAUCAAUCGAAGGAACCAAAGGAAAACUUUCAUAGAAUCGUAGCGCCGCGACGAAUUUUCCGAUGAAUCGCCGGCAGUGCGUGAGAGCCAUUUCGGACACAGAGAGUGAGUCCGAUCAAGAAACGAUGAAGUGCUUAUCGUGUCUGGAGGAUUACCGGUCACGCGACGCCGGAACCUGCAAGGAGUGCUACGAUGAAGCCAAUGAGACUGAGGAAGAGCUCAAGCGUGAGAUUGAAGACUUGAAAGCGAAGGUCGCUUUCCUCAGGUUUUGGUCCCCUCUUGAUCAUCUUCACAGUAGGUCGAAUGCACCUUGCUUUACGGAUAUCGUUUUGAUCGCCACCGGCGAUGGGCCCGAGGGAUAUUCUGUGCCCCUUCCGGCUCAUAAAGCUGUCUUGGUGAGUCGCUCCCCAGUUUUCAAAGCUAUGCUCGAGAACGAAAUGGAGGAAAGCCGUAGUGGUACCAUAAAGAUCAGCGACGUUUCAUUUGACGCCCUCCGCACCUUCGUUAAUUAUCUGUACACAGCAGAAGCCUGUCUUGAUGAACAGAUGGCUUAUGAGCUUCUAGUUUUGGCUGAAAAGUACGAAGUGAAGCAUCUGAAGGCUCAUUGCGAGAAGUUCCUGAUAUCAAAACUGAAUUGGGACAACUCAAUCUUGAACUACACCUUUUCCCAUCGGCACAAUGGGAAGCAUAUGAUUGAUGCAGCGUUAGCGGUGAUUAUUGAGAACAUGGACAAGCUUACCAAAAGGGAGGAGUACAUGGAGCUCGUCGAAACGGAUCCACGGCUUGUCGUCGAAAUCUUUGAAGCUUACAUGUCGAAACAGGUAAAUACUGCUGCUUCUAAGGAUAGUUGUGUGGAAUAAAAGUGAAGUAGAUGUUAUUAUAGGCAUUAUGAUUUGUUCAGUGUGCUAGCAAUGACAAUGAGUAUGCUCUCUAAUAAUACUAAGAACAUAUCUUGUCAAGAAAAAACAAGAACGUAUGCUUAUUUGGCUGAGAAUAUUUUGUCUCUAUAUUUGUUUAUGAUUCUACAUUUCCAUG